AUGAGCUCCGCUCCAAACACUGGCGCUGUGUCAGUCCCAGAGGCCGUCCCACGGCUCUCUGUGUCCGGACACCUGCAGCAGGUCGUCAGCCAUGUGAAGCUGGGGAACCUGGUGGCAGGGCUCAGCGGGGGGGUGCUGUCUACUCUCAUGCUGCAUCCUCUGGACUUGGUCAAAAUCAGAUUUGCAGUGAGUGACGGCUUGGAGCUCAGACCUAAGUACAGUGGUAUAUUUCACUGUAUGCGGAGUGUGUGGCAGCAGGAGGGGUUGAGAGGACUUUAUCAAGGUGUGACCCCAAAUAUCUGGGGUGCUGGAGCAUCUUGGGGUCUUUACUUCUUUUUCUACAAUGCUAUAAAAAGCUAUACAAGAGAAGGUCGUCAGACUGAGCUGAGUGCAACAGAGCACUUGGUAUCUGCAGCUGAGGCAGGUAUUCUGACACUCACAAUAACAAAUCCUAUAUGGGUGACCAAAACCAGACUGGUGCUGCAGUAUGACGCCGGGUCAUCAGGAAAGCAGUACAAGGGAAUGGUGGACGCCCUGGUCAAGAUCUACAGACACGAGGGGGUCGCUGGGUUGUACAAGGGUUAUGUUCCUGGCUUGUUUGGUACUUCUCAUGGGGCACUGCAGUUUAUGGCAUACGAGGAGCUCAAAAGAGAUUACAACAAAUAUCGGAAAGCUCCUUCAGAUGCUAAACUAAGUGCUUUGGAGUACAUCACAAUGGCAGCAUUAUCCAAAAUAUUUGCAGUGGCGACCACAUAUCCUUAUCAGGUGAUCCGUGCCCGGCUUCAGGACCAGCACAAUAAAUACAGUGGAGUUAUCGAUGUUGUCAGACGAACAUGGAGAAAUGAGGGAGGAAUUGGAUUCUACAAAGGAAUUGGUCCCAACUUGAUUCGAGUCACUCCAGCGUGUUGCAUCACCUUCGUAGUUUAUGAAAACGUGUCUCGUUUGCUCAUGACUCAACCCAACUGA